AGGCGCGAGGCUCGUGGGCACGUGACCGGGGGUCCGUCCGUUGGGUGCGAGGCGGUGCGGGAUGGCGGGACCUCGGUGUGCGGGCACCACAGCACAGUGAUGGCGAUCCUGUGUGCGGGCAGGGCUGGCACUGCUGAUGGACACACCGCCUGAGGUUCUUGGAGCCUGAGUGGAGCCGCAGCGCUGUGCAGCACAGUGCUAAGGAUGGCUCACCCGCUGCCCAUCCCCUGCCCGGUGCAGCUCGGCACGUUGAAAGGAGACUCGUUGGAAGCGGAGCUGCACCACAGUGUGCGGGACGGGAACUGCGGGACGGUGAGGAAGAUCCUGAAGAAAGGUGCUUCUGUUGAUGCUGUCAAUUCCCUGGGCCAGACCCCUCUUUUCACUGCCGCAUUGCUGGGCCUUGGUAAGAUAGUGGAUGUGCUGUUGGAUUAUGGCUCGGACCCUAACCAUCGCUGUUAUGAUGGAAGCACUCCAGUCCACGCAGCAGCUUUCUCAGGCAGUCAGUGGAUUCUCAGCAAGUUACUGGAUGAAGGAGGUGAUCUGAGAGUGCACGAUGAAGGUGGGAGAAAUCCGCAGUGCUGGGCUAUGUCAGCUGGGAAAGAAAGCAGUGCUCAGAUGCUGGAAUUCAUACAGCGCUGCACAUUCCACAUGCAGGCUGCCAUUCAGAAUUUUCCCUAUGAUCCAGUGAGAAAGAUUUACUCAUCUAAAGCACUGGUUUCCAGCCCAUCCAGGUUUAGUGGCCUUGUUCAAGGGAAUGCUGACAGUCCUCUGGGUAGAUUUCUGAAAGGUGGAGUUAAUGCAGCUAAGAACAUCUAUAGCUUUGGAUUUGGGAAGUUCUAUCUUGCAGGCAGCAGCCAUCUGGGGUACUUGGCAUCUCUCCCUAUCAUUGGGGAAAAAGAAGUGGUUCAGGCAGAUGAUGAACCAACGUUUUCUUACCGUGUUGGACCAUACAUGAUCAUGACAAACUUGAUGUGGGGGAGCAGCAGAGUGACAGUGAAGGAACUCAGCUUUCAGCCCCAUCAGAACUGUAGUAAGCUACGCUUAGCUGAUCUUCUCAUUGCAGAGCAGGAGCACAGUAGUAAACUCCGUCAUCCCCAUUUGCUGCAGUUGAUGUCUGUUUGUCUGUCCAGUGAUUUGGAGAAAACCCGUUUAGUGUAUGAGAGGGUCAACUUCGGUUCUUUGUACAGCAUCCUCCAUGAAAGGCGUUCAGAAUUCCCAGUGCUGCGCAUGGAGACAAUCCUGCACAUUCUCCUUCAAAUUAAUGAUGCUCUGCGUUUCCUGCACUCCCGUGGAUUUAUCCACCGUACAAUUUCCUCCUAUGCUAUUCAGAUUGUUUCUUCUGGUGAAGCAAAGCUAUGCAACAUGGAGUACAUGAUAGAGAGCAAGGAUGGUGGAGAACACAGUGAUCUGACCCGCAUUCCUGUGCCAGCCCAGCUGUAUAAAUGGUGCUCUCCUGAAGUAAUCCUUGAAAAGAGCGUCACAGUGAAAUCAGAUAUUUAUAGUUUCUGUACAGUGAUGCAAGAAGCCUUGACAGAGACCCUUCCUUGGAAUGGUAUUGAAGACUCAGUAAUUAAACAGCUCGUGAUUUCAGGACAGCAGUUGGAAGCAGAUGUCAGACUUCCUGUACCCUAUUAUGACAUUGUAAAGUCAGGGCUUGAAUCUAAACAGAAGAACCGCACCAUGAACCUUCAGGACAUUCAGUUCACACUGAAAAAUGAUUUAAAGGACUUGAGUAAGUCUCAGAGUUGUCAUGCUGAUGAAAUGGCAAAAGCCCAGAGACCUGCUGUUUUUGCAGAUAUAAACAUCUGUUUGUCGUCAACUUUCAGCUACCGGAAGAGAACACUGGAAUUGAACAAAGGAGGGUCAACAGGGGCUGCCAGUUCUGCUGCCCCAAGGUGCCCUGCUUUUCCUGAAGAGAAUAAUACCUUAGUGGACAUUGAGGCACCCACCAGUGUGCAGCUGGAUGCACAGGAAAACACUGAUGAUGCAGCUUCUGAAACUCAGAUGACCUGCAGUGUCAGUGAUGUGGAUGACAGCCUCUGUAGCUUUGAAAUGAAUGAAGUCUUUGCCAGUUGUCCUGACUUUCACGAAGGCUUCCUGAAAAAAGGAGCUGAAUUAAAUCGAACACAAGAUGAUAAAAAAAGGCAGCAAAAGGAAAAAGAUGAGAAUGUCCUUGGAGACAUGUUCUUGUCCCCUGGGAUGUACUGUGAGGAAAAGCCAGUUGAUGAGGAAGGCGGCGUUUCAGAGUCAGUUGCAGAAUACACUACAGAAGAGGAGGAAAGAAAAAGUGAGGCCUCUGACCUGAGCACACUGGCACAGGUGAGAGGUGAUGCUGGCAGGAGGAGGAGUACUCUGCCCUCAAAUGAACAUCACAUCAGUAAAUGUGUCCUUGAUUUGAAGAUUGUUCAGAGCAUGCUGCAGCAGGUGGCAGAGUCCCUGUCCAGAACAGAGAAGAACCUGGACAAAUUAGAGGCAGCUGAAAAGCAAAAGAAGCUUCUGCAGGAGGUUGGGAACAGUCGGCUCUCUAAGCAAGUUUUUCACAACACACCCUGUAACAGAUCUGAUAGUAUUUAUCAAAAUACCAAUAGCCCUUUUUCUGCAGCUAACACUUCUUUAUGGAAGGCAGAAGGUCCGCCAUCAAGGGAUUAUAUUCCACCUCUGGUGACGUGCCAUUCACAAGGAGCUCUGUGUGGAGAUAGUUUCCAGUCUGUUUCAAAUGUGACAGAAGAAAUGUGGGCAGUUCAGAAUGAAAAGUGGAAGUGCUUCCAUCAGAGGAGUGAGAGUAAAAAUGAAAACAGCCAGCAUGAUCUCAGCUUUAGGGAGUUGAAAAGCCUCGAUGAUCAAGUGGACCUGGACCACGAGCAUUUACUCCCACGUGUAUCUGCUAGAUGGGAAAAUAAGUUCAACUUUCGGUAUCAGAGAGGGAGCAGAUCACAUUCUGCUGCAAGUGGAAGCAAAGAAGAGAGGUGUUGCUAUCCAAAACUAGCACCUGAAAUUCACAGGACGAAAAAAAAUGGGGAGAGAAUGAUGAUGCAACCAGAAUGGACAACUGAAGUAAGGCAAAUGGCUAGAAAAGUGGCCUCAGGACGACUAGAACUGAUUGCUCCACAUCUAGCCAGUGACUGUACGUCUGAAAGUGAAGUGGAGAGUAUUAAGGAAGCAUUUCAACAUGUCACAAGUAGAGCCCAAAAAGGUCAAGACCAACACAGGUAUAGAUGGUAUAGAAGGGACAGUGCUGAGCCCUGGAAUGUGGACUGUGAGGAUGAAUCUGAAUCUGAGGAGAGUGAUCUGGACUCUCUAUUCAGAAGUUCUGAAGGGGGAAGUUGCCAGUCAUCAUUGCAAGAUGAACAGGCAGAAUCUGGACCAUCUAAUCAUAAGAAUUUAGUCAUUUCUCAACAAAUUGAAAUUGUCUCUAGGGGGCAUUCAAGAGAAUUACCUUGUUCCUUAAAUUCAUAUCCCAGUGAGUCUGAAGAAUUCCUGACUCCAGAUGAUUAUUUCCUUCCUCCUGCUGUUCAGGAACGCUCAGAACUAAAGGUAGAAGACACAGACACAGCAGGAACGAGGUCUGUGUCACCAAAGUUGGAUAAACAGAUGCCUGAAGGUGCAGGAUCAGGUAUUCAGGUAUCAGGAGGAAAAAUAUUAUUCUGCGGCACAGCAGCACAGAACUCUGGCAAUAACACACGAGGAGUGAAUCAGCUUAGCCAUAUGCCUGUAGCCAGUACUGAAGCAGCACAAGAAAUGAUAUCAACUGAGCUGCAGGAAGACUCCAAAGAAAAAGACAUAUCAGUGACAGAUAUUCAGGAUUUGUCAAGUAUUCCCUGUAAGGAAGAGAACUACUACGGGGAUAUCAACUGUAAAACGCCUGGAGUGAGUCGUGCACCACCAAGUGUCAGCACUCCCAUCAGCGCAGAGGAAAAAAUGCCAGUAGCCUUUGAGAAACACAGAUGCUGCCAUGAAGUAGUUCUGGAUUCUUCCUCGUGUGUUUGUCAAGAGGUUUCCUCUGCAGUGUCCAGGACGUUCAACACAGCCUAUGAAGAGGAAAGGAGCACUGAAGUUUUCUCUGCCUCUCCAGGUGUUUGUUCCUCUGGAUUGAAUGAGCCUGAUGGAUUGUCAGUUGUUGCUUCAUCCUCGAGAAGCACCAGGAAGGCACCUGUGCUCGCUCAGGCACCUAUCCACCUCCUGGAUGAGCUCCCUGCACCAGCCCAAGAGCUGCUGGAUGAAAUUGAGUGUUUAAAGCAGCAAGAUUCCAAUGCUCGAGACUUCAUGGAAGAGGGAUUGUGUGACUGCAGAGUGCAAAGGAAUGAUUCUGGUCAAAUUAGAAUGGAAAGCACAGAGACGAAAAAAGAAAUGGAGAUAAAGGAGGAGUGUGAUUGUGGUGUGCAGUCUAUGGAGACAUUUAAUCUAGCAGAGGAAACAGAAAGCAGGGCUCACUCCACUCUUGAUGACGCUUUAGAAAGAAUGCUCUGUGCUGUUCCUGCAGAUGAGCAAGUUCAAGAACAAGAAGAAGAUGAGGAAAUUCAGGGCUAUGCUCUUGGGGCUGCAAGCCUGAGAGAUCCUCGAGAUGUUGGAAGAAAGAAGAAAGUAGAGGAAGGUGGAGCCAGGGCACGAAGCAGUGGGGCAGAUGGCUGCGCUGGGAGUUCAGAAGGCAAGCAUUCUGAAGAUCAGAGAUUCCGCUUACGGGAACACCAGUCUUCAGCUUCUCCAUUCAGGGUAAUUAUUUUGGAUCAGGAUGGUUCUCCUACGUGAUUAGAAUGGACAGUGAAUACAUCUUAAUACAUCACUGCUGGUACAGUAUUCAGCCUGCGAACUGCAGCCCUAUUUUGGUCACGAAGACUUUUAAUGCUCAGUCUUGUUUUAUCUGCAGCAGCAAGUACUGAACAAAAUAGCAGUGCUUUACUUUAUAGUGCAGUUUAUGCUGUUUUUUGCCACCGUUUUAUAUCAGUUACACUGCAAAGGUGAUCUGUUUCCUGAACAGAGCAGCCUAGUAAGCCGGCUUUUUGUUUUUCUGUAUGCACACUUUCAUAAGCAAAAUACUUUGUUCGCUCUUUUGCAUUACACAGUUUUCAGUGUUAGACAAAAUGACUGUAAUUCUGUAACUGCUGUUACUGCUCAGACUCAUCUAAUUUUUCCUUGCUGGAGUGUGGAGUGCUGUGUUGCAGCCCACGUGGUGUAUGUUUUUCCUUGCUCAUUAAAUUUAACAAGGCUAAUUUCUUGUUUUCUCUUCUCUUAGUGCUUUUGUGAUCUAGUGUUGAACCGAUUUGACUGAUAAAGGGAAUUAAUUGCUGUGCAGAAAGUUAAUGAGAAAAAAGCAGUGUUCUUUCAGAGAUGCAUUAUAUGAUAUUUUCCCUGUCAGCAUUCAACAAGAAGAUAGAAAAGUUAGCAUUACUAGAUAGCUGUUGUUUAAUUAAACCUCGCUUCUUUGGUCCAAAAAAGGUCCCUGGGAAGUAACUGACUUUUGGAUCAGGCUUUUGCUGGGCACAGUGAGGUCAUGUUUAACUGAUUAACACUGUCUGGGUGCAGAACGUGUAAGGAUUGUCCUUAUCUAUAUUGAACACAGUGCGAUUCUAUGGGCAUUCUUACAGUGUUGUGUACCAUGUAUUUCCCUUUCCUCCUUGAUCAAGGAGGGAAAUUUUGCCUAUCUGUAACUGUUAGUUAAUUUGGUUUAAUGGUACUAAUAAAAAUCUUUACACUUAA